AUGGGAUUAACUCUAGACAUUGCUUGUAUAAGAGGUUACUCUAUCAAAACAUCGGUACUGUGCAUGUGACAUCUGACUCGGUGAUUAGCGCAUGAUAUUGAUACAGAUUGACUCCUUUGAAGUCUUGUUUGUAAAUACAAGUUGUCUUAUUUUUAUCAGCCUAAAUUUUCAGAGAUUAGUUACUUUAAGUAGUUAAGUAAGUGUUAUGACUGACUUAUCAUUUUUGAAGAUUGUGUUUUGAAUAGUUGCAACUUGUUAAUUGAAACUAAAUUUAGUUUUUGCAUGUGCGGAGGGGCGCUGUUUUUACAGCCUUGCUGUUAGGCGUUUACACUAUAACCUCAAUGUUCAUUUAAGUUGUUUCUUGUUAUGAUUAUUAUGAUUAUUAUUUUUGUUAUUAAAUUUGUUGUUGUUUUUAUGAGUAGUAGUAGAAGUAGAAGCAGCAGUGGUACUUUUAUUGAUUUUCAGAUUAUAUAGUGUCGACCAGUGGUCCAGUGGUCCAAAAUCUCGAUAGAUCACAGUGUUUGUAACAGUGUUUUUGUGUACUCAUUCCAGGGGAAUAACGUCAAUACAAAACACUCUUCAGAAUUUCCAUCAGUCUCUGAUAACAAAGAUUACAAAAGAGGGCUUAAAUUGGUGAAAGAUUCUUCGAGAUGAGGUCAUUAAAAGCGCAAAAAAGAACCAGGCCAAUAUUCAGCCACCUUGACCGAACAAGCUCCGGUCAAUAUAAACCAUUUUGUUGUAUGGCCAAAGAAAAAACUUUUUCUUGCGCGACCAAGGCGGGAAAUACCGCUCGAGUAGCCAGUCGUGAUCAGAACCAACACAAUUUGCUUCAUCGCUGUCAGCUCGCUGAUUCAAUCGUAAAAUAAAUAAUUUUUCUGCAUUUGGAUAAAGUGGUCCAGAGGUGAAUGACUUAAAAGAGAUUUACAAGCUUUCAUCCAUAGUUUCGGCGGCAAAAGCUACAGACAUUUUGCAUUUAGUAAAUAUUGUUGCACAUACAGCCGAAAAAUUAAGUGGCUACAUUGAAAUAGUAAAACGAUGAAGGCUUCUAAUCUUUCCCUUGGAUUUGGAUAUACUAACAGCGAAGACUUCCAUGUCAAGACCAAGCCAAACUAAACCAAACUAACGUUAGAGGGUGACGCAAACCCUUGUCCUUCUAGAUGUCCGGCCCAACUAACUGGGGACGGAAUUUUAAGAAGGUUGGCUUUUGUGAGAGGAGGAAAUCGGAGCUCCCGGAGAAAAACUGCCUCUCAGAUCAGAAUAGAGAACCAACACCAACACUCAUUAGAACCUACGUACUAUGAAGUCGACAACGAGUCUCGAUUAUUCGCGGCGGCGUAAAUGCUCUCGUCACUUCUCCAUCAUACCCUAAAUUUCCAGUUUCAAAACUAAGAAAUACAGUUUUCGUUUUGUUUGAAAGAAAACGUAUUUUAAAUAAUGUGUUUAACACACUUCAUGCUUCACCAGAAAAAGAUACUAAAUUUAUAAAUCAUGAAUUCACUGAAAAUGUCGCUCGUUCGUUAUCGAGAUCACUUGCUUGAUGCCCGGGGCAGUCAAUAUUUCAAUUUAUCUCAGUGAUAUAGUAGUAGUAUUAUUUAUCUGAAACAGGUUUUACAACGAUCUUGAGUGAGGGCAGAAAGAAAAAAUUCGUCUUGUCGUUUCAAGGUUGUCUCCAAUCAAUCAUGAUGUGGCGAGUUUAACUUACCUGUCGGCCGGUGCAAAAUUAAGUGAACAUGAAUUGCAAGAGUAUGUAUGUUUUAGGUCUUUUUAAAUUCGUUUGGUUAUUGGAACUAAGCAGGAUUCAAUACUAAACAAAGGAAGGGGGUCGCUCGCACGUAGAGGUUCCGAGGAACAUUAUUGGAUCCAUGAAGAUAGGGGUUUUUACAACUGAAAAACUGGGUCUUUUACAGAGAUAGUAAAACGUAUUUAUGGACUUUUUCUAAGCGUGCAAAUCUUCCGCUCAUUCUCAGAGGGAAAACAAAAUGUCUAUAACAUUAUUUUUGCAGACCUUUAAUAAAGUUUCUUUGUAUUUAAAUAUAUUUACAUAGGAUGGCUAUGAGUAGUCCGUGUAACUUUUACACGCGGGAUUAAGUGAGAAGACUGAAAAAUUCACAGACUUACCAAAAACUCUGCAAAAUCUUUGUAAUUGUGACAUUUAUUGAGAUUGUCCUCAGUUAUUGAAUAGUAAGGACUGAUUGAGAGCUCGGCUAAAGAUGGCUUUUGAUUAAACGUAACUAUGUAUUUGAUACAGUCUCCGCCUUUACUUAUACUUUGAAUAUUGAUUUUAGAACUAUCAUGCGUAUACCAGUUUUAUUUUUACAUAAGUGAUAAGUUUUAUUAUUGUCCUACUAAUGUAGUAGCAGUUUUCAAUUUAACGUUCAAAACUAUUAUUAUUUAUUUUAUAGAUGACCCCACAUUUAAGAUUUAUCAGGUAAACGAACUAUCCUUCUAUUUAGAACUCGUUAGCUGACUCACAUAUAUAUACAUAGCUGACAAGCAUAUGAGUCCUCAAAAGGUUUGUCAAAAUAACAAAAUAAAACCUAGUAAGUACUAUAAAGAGUUUGGAACUCAAUAAACGCUCAAAUUUUGUUAAAGCCAGUCGAUUAAUCAUGGAUAUCUAUUACAAAUGAUGUUUUAAAACUUACCUUCUGCCAUGCUGUCCCCAAUUAAUGUGCGCUGAACGUUCUGUAAUAGCGCUUUUCAGUUGCCCUCAGCAAUUAAUAAACCUGGAAUAGAAAACUGACGUAAAGCAUUUCUUCAUUGUCGUGGUUAAAAUAUUGACCUUCCAUCAAAGAAUACUGAACCACAAUUUACCUCACUUUAAUUCUGUUUAGAAUUCUUUUUGUGUAAAAUAGGGCUUCAUUUAUUUCAAUCCAUUAUAAUUAACAUAAAACAUAAUUUCCUUGGGACACAUUUCUUUUUCAGUUAAAUGACUAAAUUGAACAAUUACCCCAUUUUGUCCUCGUUUCACCAACUGGAACAAGAAACCCAAGGGAUCGAAAAGUGUUGGUUUUUCAUAAUGGUUUUUUUUAAUUCGUUUGCAGACAACUAGCUCGAUCUGUUCUUUAUUUACUUAUUUAUUCAAACAUUUGGACACGUAUGUUGAUAAAACUGAACCCUAGAUUUCAUUUUAAUAAUAGAGUUAAAAAUUUUGUUUAACUUGUCUGAUUUAAGUGGUUAACAGCUGUAUAUUCAGGGUCUUCAAGGAAUGGAGGUCUCUUAUAUUAUGUCCACCACUAUUUUAAGAGGAAUGAAUAAAUUUGGAAGAGAGGCAAGUAAAUUUAGCCUUUUCAAACAACGGGUUGUUUAAAUAUUGAGUAGUUCUGUCGUUAAAUCGGUUUUGAAAAUUUCAGGGGACAGAAAAUCAAUCGUCAGUAUUGUUCACGGCUCACGCUUGAGAGAAUCUUCCGGGUGAACACAAUGUGUUAAAAAAGUUCUAAAAAUUACUUGACGUGUGUUCAUUUUACCAUCACACCGGGAUUUCUUGUCUCACGUUGCCAAGUAGUUUGCUGAGGGAGCCUAAAACAUGCACCAAAAAGCUAAGAUGUAGCUCAACUUAGCAUGUACAGCGGAGCAUUUCGCUAUUCUCCGAUAUCUUAUACAAUCAUGUUGACGUCGUUUAAGCGUGUCCUAACUGUGUUUCAGCUGUCCUAACUAGUUAACUAGUUCCAGGUGAACUACUUUAUCUGCACUACACUGAGUUUCAGUGCGCAAUAAAUAUAUGUUAAUAUGUCUGAUGCAUGAUCUCCAGCUCUUUCGUAAAGGGGCCGACUAGGUUCAAAGGUGGAGAAGGAUAUUGGAAAAUGUAGCUCGUUUCGUAUUUAUCGAAAAACAAAUAGCAUAACCGGAAAGGCUGUUAUUAAAGAGUUUAUGCACCAAGAGUUCAAAUGGUCAUACGUUGGAAAUUUCAUCCACGAAUGAAAAUUUAGAACUUUAACUUGCCUUAACACUGAGCGCCACAGCAUGGCCUGAUUAGAGCUUUGCCUAAAUUUUUAAUUUUGAUCAAAGCCACCUUGCAUAUUACAUAAUAAACUGUAACAAAGGAAAGUUAUGCUCAGUGGCUUUCAUUUGAAGAGGCUGCACGUUAUCAUUCACAGAAUCAAACGACGAAAGAACCCUCUGAACUGCAUGAAACUUAGUGCUGCGGGGAACUAGUCAGUUGCGGAAACUGACGGGAUCCGUCUCAGAAGCUGCCGUAAAAAUGAUCACAGAUAUUGAUUUUGUCCACACACUCAAAGUUUCCACCAUAUUGCACAACAAAGUAGAACCACUGCUCAGUAGCCUCCCUUUGGAACUUACGUACACAUAUUUAGACAUCAAACUACUUUGCAUGGACACAUUUUUUUAGUUUGUUCCCGCUGGUCAGACGAAAUUAAGGGAGGUUAAACUAAGUUUCUUACUAUAUACCUGUGCAGUGCGCAAUUACCCUCAAACGCUUUCUGCUUCUUGCCUUCCGCUCUGCUAUCUCUAUGCAUAUACGCUACAAAACGCGCACUAACAAGGGGUCUUAUAAGUUCAAUGUAGAUAUUGCUUCAAUGAUCAGUGCAUAAUUAAGGCGAUAUAAAAUUUCCGUGUUGCCUUGUCGGACGUGACUAUAUGCAUUUCCGGUUGCUAACCAUGGGGUGGAAUGUUCUUCGGAUAAAUAUGAUUUCCUUGUUACGUUAAAACUCGGAAAUGUUUACAGAAAACUGAUAAUACAAACACUGUCACUUUAUAUCAAUUUUCUUUAUCAGUGAAGCCAGUCCAGGCAUGUUUUUAAGCGGUUUUGAACGGUUAACUGUACAAUAUACGUGCGCAUAUUUCACAAUAUUAUUAUGUAGUGCCAACAUUGUGCAAUAAAUAAAUAAACAGAUAAGUUUUACAAGUACGAGGAUUGCAUUACAAACUAACAACCCAUGAUAGUGAAUAGCACGAAAUUGUAGCUUUUUUUCGAAAGACAAAUAUGACAAAUGACUGUGAAAUUUUAAUGAUACUUAAAUGGAACUUUUACGACUAAAGCUCAUGGAUACAGUGUCAUAUAGUGAGCUUAAGAUAAUAAUUAAACGUACGAUAGAUAAAUCGCAAAAGGAGAAAAUAUUCAAGGAACGUCAGAAAAAGAAGCUCAACUAUCUUUAGUGAAAAAUUGCUUUUCAGUGCACUUCACACACGUUCGAAGGAAUAACGCAGUCCACCGUGUCAUUGAUUUCGUCAUAACUUGUAUAAUAAUUACUCGUCAUUUUGUUUUUUAACUUGUGAUUCUUUUCUUUCUUUUUUUUUUUUUAUUAUCAAUUUUCUCUUUUCGUUCUCAAGAUAAGAAUAUAGUUGCCUAGAAAUCGAAAACCUUGAGAAUCACUUAGACAUAUAAUUUUUACAAAAAAAAUUUAUUCAGUUUGUUUUGUAAUUUCCGGCAAGAAAGAGUUGCUGUGUGACUCCAAUUUCCGAUUAAAAAUCCAUUAAAGUGACGUUUACCGUGUGUUUUAGUGAACAUACUUUCUUUAGUUGCAAAGCAAUCGUUCAAAUUUUGGGGAUAUCAAUGGAAAUGGAGGCCUUUUAAUGUGUCAAUAUUGAUCUUGAAAGGUAUCGUUUUAGUCAGGUUAGUAAGCGAAAGGGCCUGCCGUGCUAUGAAAAAGUCUGAGUUCAAUUACACAUUUUCCAUUUGGCCGUUUUGUCAAUCUAUUGCUUAAAAGGAUACGACAGUUUUCAAAGUUUAUCGUUUAGAGAAAUGGUUGACUGAGACAAUUUUUCAGGCUUAGAUAUUUCAACAAUCAGCUUUAUUUUGGCUCCUGAAUUUACUUGUCUCUGGCAGUUUGUGAUAUAGUUUCGUUAAUUAAGUUGUACAAUCAUAAAACAUCUUAGAUAAAUACAACAUUGGCCAGUUUAGGCGUUGUUUUCACGAUAGUCUCUUUUCAGACUUUUCGAUCAGACGACGUUGCAUUUCGAUCGUCACUUAAAUUUGGUGGACUUCAAUCUUCAUUAUUCAUGUUGUUCCCCGGGUAAUUCGCUGUUCAGGGUAGCUAUCAAUUUUCCAAGACAGCGUAAAGACAGGGGAGAGUUUAACAUGCUGUUAGUUUUUUAUUAUUAUUAUUUUAAAGAACGGUGCCAGUGUUGAUUAAGUUUCUUGCAGCAAAUGAGGAAUUUAAAACUUUUGUGACAGUGAACUUCUUGUUUUGUUGCAGUUAUCUUUGGAUCGGGGCUAACAAGGGACGAUACGGGUUAAAUUUAUUACAUUUUUCUCUCGUUUUGAGAAGUGUAGAAGUUCGUUAGGUCCAUGUUAAGUCUAGCAACAUGGUGCCCGGGUAUUAUCCCUAUUGAAGUGAUGAAAAUACCCAGAAGAAUCGCUCAAGGUUAAACUCCCGAACACCCACUUUGCGCGUACAUGGAGGACGUAGAGGAAUGCGACCUGCACAAACAAAAUGGAAGGAAGUAUUGAAAGUGGCAAACAAACAUCGAUAUCUCCUAUCACAGGCAUAUAUAAACAACAAUGUUUAUAGUGCUAAACUCGCGUCACCUGCGGAAAUGUACAAGUCUAUAAGGGGAGGCGUGAUUUGCUUGUCUGUGCCAAAUACCUCGUCAACGCCCACGUGAAUCAGUUACAGACAUAUACAUUAUACACAGGAGCCCAUUUGCCAGCCAUGCAUAUUAAUGGCCACUAAUUACCAACUAUGCUUUUUUUUCUCACUUUUAGAGAGGUAUAUUUUGGAGCGAAAAUGUGAUUUCUCAAAAAACGAAGUAGACACUUCGGAGUAAGUAUUUCCACGUCUAAACAGUGUACUUACAUUUUAACUAGAUGCCCACUUUAAGACUUGACACCUAAUUUCCGGACCCGAAAGACUUUGAACUUGUUUAUCGCUUUAGUUAGGUAGAUGUUUUGAAGUCACUAUAAAGAAAAUGCGGAUAUUAAAGUAUCCUUUUUUGUCGUCGAAAACAUACCGUGUUUAAAACCAAGACCUGUAAAGCCCUCCUUCAUACGAUGCAAAAGAUCUCUCCCAAAUAUUUGUGGAUUUACUGGUGAAUAACCUUCUUUAUUCACAGCUUUUCGCGCUUACGUAAAGGUCACUAUAUUAAAGAAUACACGAGCAAGAAAUAAACUUAUUCUGCUUUUAUAACAAGCAUACGCGUACCCAGAAAGAACCAUAUAGUGGUAUGCAAAUCGUAAACGCCUUUCUUGUUUUGUUCGUCGAGAACAUUAGCGUGCAAUACAACAACGAAAGACGUCUGCUCCCUCGCCGGAAGCAUAACGAAUAACAUCACACGGGAGUACUGCUCAUAAUUUGGGAUUCUAUUCUACAUCCGUAAAUUAUAGCCACCGUGUGCAACAUAGCAAACAGUAAUGCAAGAAGGUGCUGUACUUAAGUACUUCAUCCAUGCACUGAAAAGUUAGAACCUGCAGUACAAUAAACAGUACCACAGGAAAGUACUGCUCCGUAGCUUAAAUUUGAAUGGUAACACUUUAGAAUUUUAUCCACAGACUCAACAAACAUCACAACAUGGAAACCUAUCUUUGAGGUAAAAAUGGUUGCUCACGAAAAGAAUAUGAACUUACACACAAAAUUUCAGAGUUUAAAACAACGUCAUUUUCAGACACCAGAAGAAGUGUUUAAUUUGAUUUCCAAAUAUUGAGAAUUGGCUAUUUUAACAAUAAUAAGUAGCUCAGAUUAAUUUUUAAAUACUUUUUCGUGAAUAUGAUAUAUCUCCUCCAAUGAUCAAUAACUUUUUACACCGGCAAAAGUUCACACAAAAUUCUAAUCAAAUCUUUAAAUGAUUUGCAUUUAUAUUUCGUUCACGCUAAUGAUUUCCUAAGUUCUUUUUCUUUUAUUUUAUGCAUGAGAUUCCAAAAUUCAAUACAAUUCAGAUCUUGUUUUAUAUGUUUUAUAGAUCGCCCUUAAGUGCUAAACAUUUUUCACAGAGAGGGGCAAUAAUUUCUAUAUCGUCUUCAAGAGAGGUAAAAACAACUUCCACAUGGCGCUCAAAUCGGAUUAUCAAAUUUUCGUCUAAAAAUUCUUCAAAACUAAAAUCCCCGUAAAUCCGCAGGAAGGAACUUUAAGUAGCACUUCGAAUUCGCCUUCUCCUAAAAAUAUCCUGUUAAAUAAAUGCAGGGAUAAUUUUAAGUUUCUUACGUUCAUUUCGUUCAUUUUUCAAAUGAAUUAGCUUCUGACAGGAACAAUUUUAGGAAAAUCCAUCAACUUUUCUGAACAGAGCUCCUUAGUAAAACUGCGAAGUUUGAGAGUUAUUUGUUGAAAACUAACGAAGGUGUAGACAUCAAAGUCGCGAAAUCUUGAAGACGUAUGUGGGGGGCACAAAUAACUUUCCGCCCAACUAUACAAACGUCUUUAGAUUUCCGAGCUUUCUAGGGCCUAAAUGUUCGCUAGCUUUCAAACCUGGCAAUUUUCAUAAUUUUAAGGCGCUGUUUCCAGUCUUGUUUUUUUUUUCCUGUCUGGUCCAUGUCAAAAGUUUGAAAAACCGCGGAAGGAUCUACGUGGAGUGAACAUUGAAUGAGAUUGAAAACUGAGGAUCAGUUAUUUAAACGAAGCCUAUAAACUUAGGCAACGGUUUAGGAAAUGUCUGGACCACCAGGACUCUUAGAGGGUUACUUUAAGACAAAAUAUAAUAAUGCUUUUCCAGUCUACGCCACGUGCUAUCAUGAAACUUUUGUCAAUAAAUGGUGUUUACGUAAAAGCGUUCUGCAAACCGAAAAUGGCUUAAAACGCGGUUUUGUUAAAUACUGGCUAAACUCCGUUAAAUAAGUAACCCGAAAAGUUUUUAUAAGGGUGCACACUCGAACAUAACGACAAAUCUUAUCGACGCAUUUGUUGAUAACGAAACUUAAGUAUUGGCCAUUUUAAGACGGUUAACAGAAAUCUCUCUUCAAGUUAUUCAAAAGUCUUAAAUCUUGAAAUCCUUAAGUCUGGUGCAAUGGCAAUCCUAUUUCUGCAACUACAACUGAUCGUGCAAUAGAUCAGUGAUAAAUGUUGCUAGUCUGUGUUGUUCUUUUAAUUGGCCGACAAGGACAAGAUUUGUCAUAAUCUGUCUACGUUACCAUUUAUUCCGGAACGCGACCACAAACUGAGAAUUAAAUAAAACCUUUGUUGAUUUCGUAGGCGUUACCCUUGGCUGAAAGAUUUGAUUUUGAAAUCAGUUCACUGUUGCAAACAAGACACAGCAGAGACCUUUAGAUUCUAAGAAGAGUACGACGACGAGAACGAGAUUUUCUCAAUACUAGGUAGUGCUCGCGCGUGAACCAACGUCAUUUUGGCGGGAAAACGUGGUAGCCGUCGUCAUUCUACAACGAGUUUCAGCGAGAAUAUCGAAGUGGCGGAGACAGAUAUCAAAUGGUAGAAGUUUUAUUAUUUUACGAUCGGAAGAGUGCGUAACCUCCUUCAGUAAAGAAAACAGCCAGAACGGUGCUAACGUACUUGUAGUAGUUCUCGUCCUCGAAUCUAAAGGUCCCUAUUCUCUACGUAGAGUCCGGGGGGCGCACCCCCUGUGAUAACCUAUAAGGGAAGAGUCUGCCCGAAAGUGGUACUUUUUUCAAGCUUCAGGUACAUGAGAGGGUAGCAAAGGUUUUCACUAGCUGAAGUAUAUUAAAGGGUAGGAAAAUUUGUCAUUUCGGGUUAAAAGGGUUAACAGAUUCACUUUAUGGCUGCAAAAAAGUCGAGAAAACGUUCUGGUUUUGUGGUUUUUUGGAGGGUCUCAAUGGGCCUUGGUUAACCGAGCGCAAGCCGUCAAACGGCCUAAAACUUAACCGUCAACCUUCAAAAAAGGUUAUUUUUAUCGUCAACCGUCAAAAACGCAGGUUAAGAUUAACUGUCAAAAGUUUCAAAGUAUUUCAGUUCUCACUAUUUCAGCUGAUCUCCACUGAAUUUUGGCUGCUAGAGAAUUUCUAAACUGUAAAAGCCAGUUCCCAUGUUCUCAAAGACAGUAUUUCUAGACAUUACAAUUUAUAAUACCUUACUGCUUAUAUCUGAAAAUAUUUCGAAAUUUUAUACAUGAAAGGCCAAGACAACCUUCAAAACACAUCAGUUAAUAUUAAAUCAUGCCCAAGUUAAUAAAAUAUUUGCACAAAUUUUUGGACUAAAUUUCCACGUAAUAACCAUCAACCAUCAAAAGCUCUGAAAUUUAACUAUCAGCCGUCAAAAUUGGAAAAAUUAACCAUCAACCGUCAAAGUUACCACCCCAUUGACACCCUCUUUUUCAUGUUCUGAAAACAGUGCAUUUACUGCAGUUGCAAAGUUUUAAACUAGGUGUGUGACAGGGUAUCAUUCAGAGUCAACAUGAUGUAUACGAAAGGUGUACCUUUUCUUUCAAAAAUGGUAUAUGGAAGGGGCUGGACCUCGGGCGGAGCCUUCCCAUAUAAAACUUCUGCAUAAAGUAAUUUGCAAAAACAAAAAAGCGAGAUGUAAGAGGCUAGGCCACACACUUGUUAACUUUUCAGCUAAAUACAUUGUCAACAAGCUAUGUAUAUAUAUAACUGACUGAAUAAAGUUAUGUGCAUUUGCCCCUUCUAAAAUCUUAAUUUCUUGAAAGUUUCACUCAAUAUGCCAAGAAGAAAGGUGUUUAUUUUGGACGUUUUUUUGCCAAUAGAUUAUUAUUUUUGUCGAUUUAAAUUUUAGAAGUCAACAAUCAAGUCAACAUUGAUAGACCCAAUAACGAACGCAAAGUACUUUAACCUUGUUUGUACCACCCUGGGAAGCUUAAGACAAUACAACACUACAGGAAGGAACUCCUCAAUCUUAGUUAAGAGAUUCGUCAAUACGUUCAAGAGUCAAACGCGCUAAAAUCCCUCUUGAAAUGUUGAUUGUCUUGUCAAAGAACAUAAUUUGGGGGGAAAACAAGAGACCUUUGGUCCUUCUGUAAGGACAGCGUCAGUGGUCAGUUUAAUGUAGCAUACACCAGCAAAAUAGGUGGUCGAAAUUGGCGACUGAGAUGUCAUUGAUAGGAUCACUUAAUUAUUACAAGUUCCCCUUACAUUGCAGACAUCUUAGCUAGACUUGAGAGUAGUAGGCUUUAAUAGUGCACAUAAGAAUUGUUAGAAAACUCUGUUGGUAAGGAUAAUUACGUGGUAGUUAGCGCAAUGUAUUUUCGAGUUUGCUUGAGGAUGGAACACUGAACGCGACCUUUUGCACGAACGAUGAUCGAUGUUUAAUAUGCUGUAAAAUGUGGUUCUAUUUUUUGGAGUCUGUGGAUGAAAUCCUUGAGUGUCACCCUUCCAAUGAAAGCUACUGAGCAGUACUUUCCUGUGGUACUGUUUAUUAUGAUCCAAAGGUGGAUCUAACCUUUCUGUGGAUGAAAUCCCUAAAGUGUGACCAUUCAAAAUGAAAGCUACUGAGCAGUAUUUUCCUGUGGCACUGUUUAUUAUGCUUUACAAGGUGAUUCUAACUUUAUUCAGGCUGAAGAUCAAAUUCUGAAGUGCUACCAUUCAAGUAAAAGCGGUUGUUGAUGACUACUUUAUCAUGACGGUUCCCAGUUGUGAAUUUUUAGUAUUUAACGAAAAGACGUGCCAAUGCAAUGGAUGAAUGAGCUCUUUUAUCUAAAUUGAAAACAGAGAAACGAACGUCUUUUAUUUCCGGCAAAAUUAGUAUUACAAAAUGAACAAACCAAGGCUUUUCGAGUAUUAUAAAUCACUCUUUCAGUGACUCAAAAUUAAUGUGAUUGACCUUUUUUUAUUAAAGAAAGUAUAGAUAGUGCUACCCUCAUUCAAUCCCCUCAUGUCUCGCCCAUAUUCCCAAAUGUUCUUACGGAGAUGUAUUGUACGAACGACUACCGUUGUUAGUCAUUUUUUGGCUAUCAAGCUCAUUUAAUCAGUAUAUCAACCGCUGAAGAUUUGACUAAAGUUGCCUAAAACGCAUCGCCGAUGAACUAGCUUCCUUAAUAACAGUUGCCGGUCUCAAUGUUGAUAUUGCACUUCGUUUUGGUAACCACCAACCAACUACAUGUAAUGCAGUUAAUGCAGAGAGAAUCUCCACGAGAUGAUCUGAUAGACUUAAGUAUCGCGCAAUAUCCCAGACUCCUAGAUAUCCUUCUCUUGUUAGUUUUUCGGCGGCAUGGGUUAAGUCACGAUAAUGAUGUAGUCGAAUUUCAAAUACACUUUUUUUUCCAGUUUAAUUUCCCAGCUGUUAAAUUUGGGGGGUCAAGUGUGACUCAGCGAUACUUGUUUAAAGUGUACAUGCAAAGAACAAGAAGCGGUUCUCGACAGCCCUUAAGUUCGAACUUGACAUGGAAGAGUGGAAAGUUCAUAGAAUGACUGUUCAUAUUUUUGGAAACUGUAAACGAAGACCUCAUCCACUGCAACAAACGGAUGAUAAUAUCCGCAAUUCAGUUUUACGGUCCCAAAGCCGGAGUAGUAUUAUGGAAAUAUAUACCGCCAAUUAUAUGCGAAAUGUCUUGAUCAAGUCUUUGAAUAGCUAAAAGUGAAAGAACACAAUUCAGUCAUUGUUGAUCGUCAAAACAAGCCUACCUUUUCCUCCACUUCUGAGCAAACUAAGAAAUUAAAGAUUUUUCACCUCAGGUGAAAAACCUCCACGCAGGUAAGGGAUUGAUGCACCGAUGAAUCGUGCAAAACAUUUAACUGAUAUAUUGUCUGACAUUGUUGACGCGCUGUAUAUCACACUUCUAAUCUUUAUAUUGUAGGCCAAUAGUCAAUGGUGAACUGUGGAUUGCUCUUUUUGAUUGGUUAAAAAAGUUCUCACGCCAGUUCCGUUUGAUUAGUGUGGGCCUCUGUCUUUCUCCGGCAGAUGAUCGAGAAGUCUGGGAAUAGUAUACUUCAGUGAACAAUUUUAAAAUCCUUCUAUUUUUUCGAUACCAAAUUGCCAUGAAAAACUACACUACCCCUUCAAUUUUUGAAGCAUUUCGGAGUUUUCAGAGACGCAUUUCAGAAGCAGUAUGUUUUUUUUUGGACUUUUCAGGGGCUUUCAUUCCUUGGAAGGCAUAUUAGCAAUCAAUGCUAAAAGUGGUCGUUGCAGUUGUCACGACUAUUGGAUUUCAUCCACCUUGUAGAGCGAGAAGUAUGGGCUCCUGUCAGUAGCUUUUAUUCGAAUAUUCACCCCUAAGGAUUUCAUCCAUUACUCAAAAGUUAAAAUAAACAGCACCCAGCACAGGUAACGCAGCCCCUGUGAUGAUACCACAGUAUGAAACCUGUGAAAUUACAGUGUUUGUAUAGCGGGGCAAUCAGCUACGAUCCCAAAAUUUUUUUUUGGUACUAAGAGGAAAAAAAGUCAAUGGAUUUUACUCUGUAGGAAAUUAAUUGAUUGUUUUUUCUUAAUUCUCCUACCAAGUUUUAAUUCUCCCUCCAUGUAAUAAAAUACACAUUAAGGUACUAAAAACCUUUGAAUGCAGAGGUCCACUCAACGCGUAAAUAAAACCGACUGGUUCUUUCUUGUCGUAUCUCUCACUUGACUGAGUGGGAAUUAUAACACACUGAAUGCAAGGCUGGCAAUACGGCAAAGGGCUGAUAGAUUUGAGGCUAACAUUUUCAAUAUUGGAAAUAUUGGCUUCAAAUAAGUCAGCCCUUUGCCGUAAUGCCAGCUUUGCAUUCAGUUUUGUGUUAAUUCCUACACAAGGUAGUUCACAAGAAAUGAAAGUCUCUGUCACCAUCGCUCCCUUUUUAACACCACUGUUCUCCUAAACUUGAUAAUGGUUCUAAAACGUUUGCCUUUGUAGAAGAAAUCCACUAAGCGUACCCUUUCAAAUGAAAGCUACUAAGCAUUACUUUCCUGUGAUACUGUAUAUAGCACUAAGGUGGUUCUAACCUUUGAGUUUGUACAUGAAAUUCGUAAAGUUUGCCCAAACAAGUGAAAGGUACUGAGGAGUACUUUCCAAUAUAACUGUUUAUUAUUGUUUACAAGGUGGUUCUAACUUUUGAGUCUGUGGAUGAAAUCCUUGAGUGUCACCAUUCCAAUGAAAGCUACUGAGCAGUACUUUCCUGUGAUACUAGUUAUUAUGUUGUACAAGGUGGUUCUAACGUUUAAGAUAAAAGACCGCAAUAACUUCAAAUCAAACGAAACCUGGCUAUCUAGCAGUUCGCGUUCAUUUUGUUCCGUUCCUUUUUUGGGGGGUAGGGAAGGGGAGGUGGUUUUCGUUCGUUCGUUCCUUUGUUUCUUUUGUUUGUGAUUUUAUGUUUAUGCUGUAUCCCUUGUGUAAUAAAUACCUAAGCAAAACUGUCGGAUGAACAUUCACUUUAAACUUUUUAUAGUAUAUAUUCUUUUUUUUUUUAUUUAGUAAACCAUCGCUAUUUAGGCAAUAUUUAAUAAAAUUUUUACUUGUUUUCUUUGAUCAGAAGUAAAAACCAAUCCACUGUUUAGAAGUCAAAAUUCACUCGGAAAGCUAACGGGCCACAAAAAUAACAGAUUUUUCUCGUUAGCAUGAGAUUCGGCGCAUGUCGGCGAGUUCGACGUCGGACAGGAGUCUAGUCUUAAUAUGCAAAAACCCAAUCGCAUCUUAUUAUAUCAUACGUUAAGACCAAUCCGCUUAAUCUCCUUUGAAACAGAAAACACCUCUGAUCAAUUACAAGCGCUUAAACUCACCUGCUAUUGAACAAAGCUAUUCAGUUAGAAAACCUUCAGCCCUUGCCGGUCUUUCUAGCGCCAAUGACGGAUAGAAAUAAAUCGCCACAAACGGCUAAAUUUCAAUACGUCUCAUACCACUUUAAUUCCUUUCGUGUUAUUCAUAAAAGGCGUUGGCGAUAUAUACAUGCGUAUACGAAUUCUUGGACUUGACGUAAAUUUACCCACCCAAUAUUGACUUCCGUUUUCAAAUUAUGCUCUGGUUUUGCCAAGGACAAUUACAGAAUUUAUCGCAUGGCCUGCCCAAUGUCAAACAGCCAAAAGAAUGUACAAGACCGAUUUCUCAAACACUCGAUUUUUUUUAGCCUUCGGGUAAUUCAAACCCAUCUCCAUUUCUCCAUGUGGUUCGAAAAGUCGGGACAGAUAAAAACAGGAAAAGUUUUUAAACCUAAUCAACCCAGUUAAUUUCAUCUCCUGGGCUACCCCAUGCGAGACAAUCAAUCGUCUAAGUAUCCAGACGUAAAAGCGUGAUCAUGCAUCUUAUUAAACUCAAAAUUAAUCAGAUUACCAUAGAGACAGUGAUGGCAAGACAUUUGGCAAAACAUAACUGUCAAUCAUUCAUUUUAACUCUUUCAGAGUCAAUGAUGGAAUCUCAUCACUGAUAAACUGGUUCUUUGGUGUCUGUAGAUGAAAUCCUAUAGGCUCCUGAGUAUUGCCAUUCAAAUGAAACCUCUUUGACUGCACUUUCACAUAGUACUAUUUGUUCUUCAGCAUUUUACAAAAUAAGAUUCAGAAAUUUUGUUGAAUUUUGAGUUUGGCUUCUUUUAGGAAUGAAAGGGUUCCUAAAAAAGAUCGAUUGCCUUUCAGGGUGAGGCAAUGUUCACACUAGAACGUUGGAAAACGUAUGUAGACUUAUCCGUUACCUUUUCCGUCCACACGUACGCGAACGCUCUAAGGGGAUAGGACUUCUGUAAAAGAAGAAAUCUUCGUCGUGUAGACAGAUUAGUUCCCAAGUCUUUUUCCUGCUCUCCUCUAGCUCCUCACUCCUUGAGAUUGGUGGACAGCGCAUGCGCUUAAGUCUGUAUGCGCAUGCGUUGAAACAUUUCAAAGGAUUUGUGUUAUGUGACAAUAGCCAGGAGCUCAUGAUGACGUAG